GUAAGCGUAUACACUCUACUAUUGUGUCGUGAUGGAGUUGUGUGGCGAGUGUGACACUCAAGAAGCAGUGAAAUUCAAUAGCUUAUGUGAUAAAUUAACGACAUUGUUUCAUGGAAGGAGCCGAGGAGAUCGGCAGUAUAUCAAUUCUUUACUUGAUGAAUUUAAUUCACUGGAUUUUAAGUCUGACGUUAUAGAAAAUGCGGAAAAAGCUGUUUUAAUUGUAAAUCAGUGCUGUUGCAUUGUUCCUUCAAAUGACACCUUUUUGGUUGCUAAAGGAUGCCAGUUGUUUAGCAACCUUAUUUUGAAACAGAAAGUAAAAGUUGAAGGAAAAACAUUGUUAUUAGCAAUAAACUGGUGUUUAGAGGCAGUCAAGUACUGUUCAGAUAUUGCAAUUUUGGAUAUACUGGGUGCCUUGGAAGUACUACUGUAUGGGAAUGGAAACCUAGUAAAGCUAUCAUGUGAUAUUUUUUCUGAAGAUGGUACUCUGAUGCUUCUCUCUGACCAAGAAGAAAAUGAUGUGUCCAGAAAACUAUCAGUAACAUCAGUGUGGGAUGUUCGCUUGCUUGCUCUGAGAUGUCUCCAGUCUGUUACGCACAUUGCAGAUACUAAUGUAAAUGAUCAAAAUUCUAUCUUGGAAUUAGCACAGCUUGAAAAAUGUGCUUGUGUUUUCUUUAGCUACCUCCACGCCAAUAGAAAACAGGAUCAAAAUGAACUAAAUUAUGUGAAGAUAUUAAUCACAUGCUUGCUGGGACUGCAAAAUAUAUUUUGUCAGUCAAAAGAAAUGUUGGACAAAUAUGUUGGUGAUGCCCUUGGUAUUGUCAAAGCUUAUAUGUUGUUUGGUUUGUCAGGCCACACAGAGCUCAAACCUCAGAAAGUCUUUCCAAGUAUAUUCGCUCAAGCUGAUUUAAGACCAACUUCCAGCAAUUCAGUAAAGGUGAAUAAGAACUCAAAAGUCAAACUAAGGAACCCCAGACAGGCCAAAAAGACAGAGUCCAGGCCAGCUGACAUUGAACACUGUGCAUGGAAGACAUACUCAGCAGUGGAAGGUUCAUUAAAAUCAAGUGCACAAGAUAACAAUACUGUAGCGACUUUUUUAAAAACAAGUGAGUCUGAUUAUUCAGAUUCAGAAACAGGACAGACUGCAAAGACAAGGAGCUUUCAGGGCAGAGUGAGGCAGAGUUCUCAGUGCUUACUGCAAACAAUAAUCAAGGUUAUGGACAAAAAAGUAUUGUUUGGCUAUUUGUCCAACUUUUUACCUGAUGGCACAACACAAACUAGGACUCUCAUGACUUGCCUUCUGAGAGAUCCUUCUUCACAAUGUAGACUGGAGAUUAUUAACUCUUUGUCAGCCAUAUUUCUAGCUUCAAAAAUAUAUUUUCUACAAGCUGAACGCAGUGGAAAACGCUGUGCAGCAUUCACACCAUACUCGGAAACUGUUGGAAAUAUUAUUGAAGAAAUUCAUCGUUCCCUGUGUUUGGCUCUUUCUGCAGAAAAUUCAGUUCCUGUAAUAAUCCAGCUUCUGAAGUGUGUAGCAAGAUUGGUGCAAAAUACACCGUACCAUAGAUUGAGCCAUGGGCUCAUUAUGAAAGUUGUUAGGAACACAAGAGCUUUUCUAAGACACAAAGAUUGGAAUAUACAAGUCGCAAGUCUUAAUGUCCUCCGUUCAAUUAUAUGUGUUGAACCUUCGGUACCAGAAAUUAUGGAGAUCCUGAAAAGACCUUUAAAGAUAAAAUGGCAUAAAAACUUUUCUGUACCUGUUUAUGCAAGUUCAGGAGUUGAUAAUGCUGAAGACAGAAAAGAAGACAUUUCUGGAAGUGAAACAGACAAUCUUUGUGAUGGGGAUAGUGAGCUGGAUGAGGAAACUGAACAAGUGACUACAGAGGCGAAAACUAAGAAUGAAAUGUCAUGGCUGCUUGAAAUUAGUUUAGAAAAUUUAGGCAUUGAGUUGAGGAAACACUUGUCAUUGGAUCAAAACAAAAAAAUGGAGCAGCAGUCUAAGUUCCUCUGUCCAGUACCAGUGCGAGUAGAAUCAUAUCAGGUUGUCUCGGCACUCUGUAGAUCACAUUUUCCAUCACUUGUGUCUCCUUAUUUGCAGUUUGUAGUUGACGCAAUUGAGAUUGGUUUUACUGAUAGUGAUACUACAAUAUUGUUACAUGCUGGAAGGUUAAUAGAAGCUGUUGCAAGUAUGCUGCUGCAGGAUAUUAAGCAAGGAGGUGAAUCUGCGAUUUCUACUGCUUCAGCUAUGUUGUUCUGGAAGACAAUGCUGUGUGGGCCAAUUACUUGUCUCGUUCAAAAUAUGAAUGAACCAGCUUUGCGUACUGCAGGUUGUGAUUGCUUAGCCAACAUGACAUCAGACGUAUUUGAUGAGUUGCCGAGGGAAAAGCAAAUUCUCAUUAUUACGCUGUUGUUCGGCUGCAGUUCUGAUGAUGACACAAAUGUAAGAGCAGCUGCGGUUAGGGCACUUGCUGUUUACAUUUUGUUUACAGGACUGAGACAGGAUAUUCAGUUUGUGAUAGAUACUGCAGAGGCUGUAAUUAAAGCAUUGAGUGACAGCCAUGUUGGAACAAGAAUGAAAGCAUCGUGGUCAUUAAGCAACGUCAGUGAUGCACUGAUUGUUAAUGUAGAUGAUGAUGAAGCUGAAGAAAUACCCAAGUCUUUGUUUACAAAAAUUUUGGAAUCUGCUAUUAAGGCAUCAAGGGACAAUGAAAAGGUUCGCUCAAGUGCCGUAAGAGCAGUUGGAAAUCUUUUGCGAAUUUUAAACAAUGAACUGCUGUUCGACCAAGCUGUGAAGGAGAAUGUUCAAGCUGCUGUCAAAGUCUUAAUUCACAAUGCUUCUACAGGAAACAAUAUGAAGGUACGGUGGAAUGCUUGCUAUGCAGUUGGAAAUGUACUGCGAAACAGAUUUCUUUAUGCAGAAAAUGCAGAAUGGCUGGCAUCUACUUUCCACACAUUAUUGGAAUUAGUACAGAAUUUUCGUAACUUCAAAGUAAGGAUUAGUGCAGCAGCUGCUUUAGCAGCCCCUUCCACAAGAGAACAGUAUGGAAGUCUCUACAUAAAUGUUUGGAUAGCAUUGAUACAUGCACUGGAGAAUUCUCACAAUAUGGAAGACUUCAAUGAAUACCAGCAUCAAGAUAAUCUUGUACAACAGAUAUGCCACACACUGAUCCAUCUGGCAAAUCUGGUUUCCGAGGCUGAUCUUACUCCUCUUGAAGAUAUUGUUGUGUUCAAUAUUGAUGUACUUCAGCAGAGUAUUACCAGAUUCCAAAGAAAUGUGAUUCCAGAGAAAACUGCUAACCUGAUGAAGACUGCUGAUUACAUCUCUUCUUUUUUGCGCAAUCAGAAUCUCAGUGCUGACCAGAAAAGAUCAGCUUCUCUUUUGCUGAGAGUGUUUUCUGUGGAAAGUGACACAUUUUUAUAAUUUUUUAAACUUUUCUUGCAGUGAAUUUUUAUAUUGUACGUAUUCACACAGAAUAAAAUACGUUUAUAUAUUGUU